AUGUUGAUUCAGACACCAAAUCUAUCACUCUGCACUCGGGUAUCAACGCCUUCCUUAUUUGUAGUCUCCUCAUUCAAUGAGCACGGUGGCCUUAUCGGCGAAUUUAGCCAGCUUAUCGCCAGGGGCUCAGAUCUCGUUGACCUGGAGAUCCUUGAGGUUACGGCAAACGAACACGAUGAUGCUAAAGUUGACGGUCUGUGUUCUUCGCAAAGCAAAAUGGAAAAGAUGGCCGAUGCUGCGCCGGAGAUGAACCCGCACGCUUUUCCACUGUCCAUACGGGAGCCCAGUUGUCAAAUUGAAUCUCACUCGCCUAUUCAAAGUGGGGAAAGCAUUUACCUGAACAGAGAUGGUGUCUCCUUGCCCUAUUCUUCGCUUCCGGUGCUCCCGGAGUCGCUUCUCAAUAGGAUUUUACGAUUCACAAGCAUAAAGUUGGGUCCAAAUUCUGUUCAGGUGCACGAAAAUGCUGCUCGAAGCAUUUUGGAUCUUAUUCGAUCCCAAUUUGACCUAAAAUCGAUCUCAUGUGUUGCGCUUCAGGUUGAUGUCUCCAGAAAUGGCGCUAUUGCACUUGCCACGGCAAGAAUGCUCCUUAAUCUUGGCGUUUCCACGGUGGUUGGUAUAUCGAGGCGUUUUCCUCUUGUAGAUGAAAAGCACUUCAAUUUCCAAGCGGAUUUGGCAAUAAAAAACGGAUUCAAAUGGACUACCGUCGCUUCGAUCACCUCGCCAGACCUGGUCAUUACAGGGCUUUCAAACACCGACUUGCCGGCUCCGGAAAUAUUGAAAAAUGUGCCUGCAUCAAACAUAAUUUCCAUAGGAAUGCCCCUAAAGGCUUCCAAUCGAAAUAUUCAUGUCGAUUUGAUCCUGCCCACUUCUCUUUCUAUGGAGUAUUCCAACCAAAGGCUUUACAUUGUCGACAUUGGAAUCUCAUCUCGAAUCGUAAAAAUGUAUUUACAGAAAUCUAUACCCUCAAUUCCGACCGGGCUUAUUGAUUUUUUGUUUGCGCAAUCCUCCUUUAUUCAUCUUGCCAGAUGA